UAUAUCUUGUAGAAAUUGAUCAUUAUAGCUUAUCAUUAUUUGGUAGUUGGUAACAUUGCGGUUACAUGACACUUUAUAUUGAAUUACUUCCAUUCAAUACCAACUGUUAUGAAAUUGAACUGUAUUCAUAUUCGGAAUGUUCCAGUUCGAAUCUUCGUGCCUAGUCCAUAUAUCCAGACUGAUUAUUUUCGUUAUUUUACUUAGUCUCUCCAGGCAAAUACUGGAUAAUACCUUAUAACAGGCUGUGACCACUUCCUUCCCAAGCCGACGCUGUAUGACCUAUGCAGAGAUUUUUUUGAAUAAACGAAGAACACGAAUAAUAAUUGCAUUUCAGUUGACUUUAAUUGAACCCAAUUGUUAUCCGAUCAUCAUCAGCGAACAAGUCUAUAAUCGGGGGAUAUCUCGACUAUGAAGGAAGAGUCAUGAAAAUCGCAUUUACGAAGUGAAUGGAGAUACCGAACUUUUCUAAUUUCCUUCCCACUUUUUCAAAACACCUCUUUGGUUUAUUGUUGAUAGUGACGUUGAGAAAUGAAAGUAAAAAUGCUAAAAAAACAUCGCUUUAUUUCUAUUUCUUAAAUCCAGAUUUAGAAACCAAUGAACUAGCCUGAAUUGCAGACAAAAAUAACUAACCCAUCACCCAACAGCGAAGGUGAGGCUCGUUAUAGUCGAUAUUCUUACAGCAUUCAUCCAUGUUCGUAACAUUCUUUCAAAUAAAUCUGCUUAACUCCAACAAUGCACUGAAACUUUCUCUGACCGAUACGUCGAAAAGUUCCGUUUUCAUUCGUGUUAUUUCGUUACUGAAGUCAAAACGUGAACUAGUUAUUAGCAGCAUCCUGAAGACAAGCAACACAUGACAGUGCAGCUCGAGAGAGUAAUAGUCAUAUAAACAAAGUCUGCGAAACCUGUUAAAGUAAGCCGUUGCGUUAGAAGACCUGAACAAAGAGUGUGAGAAAUGUCGAAAUACCUAGUCGUCUUCGUGAGACACGGAGAGAGCGAAUGGACACAUAAAAACUUGUUUUGUGGAUGGAUUGAUUCAGGCCUGACGGACAAAGGAAGAGAAGAUGCAAAGCAAGCAGGAGUGGCUUUGAAUUCAGAGAAUCUGAAGUUUGACGUCGCUUACACGUCUAUAUUGCAGAGGGCCUGCGACUCGCUGGAUAUUAUACUGAGAGAAAUAAAGCAGCCAGAACUACCUGUCAUACAGGCUUGGGAACUGAAUGAGAGACAUUACGGGGCCUUAACUGGAUACAACAAAGCUGAAAUGGCUGCCAAGUAUGGGAAUGAACAGGUGCAAAUUUGGCGACGAAGCUUUGAUAUUCUUCCUCCACAAAUGGAAAAAGAUCAUAGUUAUUAUAACGAAAUACAUAAUAAUAAAAAAUUCAUGCCCAUACGAGAUAAGAUUCCUCAAGCAGAAUCUUUGAAGACAACAAUGCUUAGAGUUAUUCCAUUCUGGAACAGUACCAUUCUUCCCGACAUCAAGGAUGGGAAACGGGUAUUGGUCGUCUGUCAUGGCACGAGCUUACGAGGAAUCGUGAAGCACAUUGACCGAAUAUCUGACGAAGCCAUUGUGAAAGUGAAUCUACCAACUGGCAUACCAUUCAUUUUCGAGUUUGACGCAGAUUUCAAUCCUGUUGUGUCCAUGAAGUUUCUCAGUAGUGGAGACACUCUGAAGGAAGCAAUAGCAAGGGCUGCGUCUAUCGGAGAGGCAGGGACAAAAUAAAGAUGACGUGCGGAGACUGAUUUGUGACAUGGUGAAGUUGUGAUGAUGCCCUCAAGACAGAAAAUAAAUACAUUUUUAGAACAGA